AAGAAGCUCUGUGCGAGGGACAAGGGAAACAGAGGAAUACACGUUUGAAGAAAAACAAAGAGGGGAUGGAAUGAAAAAAAGCAUCCUACUGCUGUUGGUUAUCCUGUUUCAUCCCAUUUCUGUUGGAGAAUUCCAUAAGCAAAGAAACAGAGAAAACACAUACAUGUGAUAUAUAUAUAAAAUUCCUAUACAUAUAUAUCAAAUUAUGCCUGUUUUCACAGAAGCUGCUUUUGGGGAAGGACUGUGUUGAGGUCCCUUGCAUAACAAUUGGAAGACUGCUUUAAUGUGCAGCAUUUGGUAAAAACUGUUGCAUAUUAAUGCUUUUUUGCAAAUGAGCGUGAUAAAAGACCACAAACAACACAAACAGCUUUGCUGCAGUCCCAUUUUUGAAGGCUUCUUGAAAACAGGAUUUUGCAUUGCCUUGUGUUGUCGCCUCUCCAGUUAUCCUGCGCUUGGAACAGGCUGGGGAGUUGAGGCUUGGGUGUGUUGCAUGGACCGCAGUCCACAGGCUCAGUAAUACCUUCCUGUAUUCACAGCAGUAACACGGCAGAAAGCCUGCUCUUUAGUUGUGUCUGAAAGAGGGAGAGGUAAGUGAGGAAGACAGAGGCAAGCAGAGAGCAAGAAACAACAUAAAGCAUCAGAGAGGGAUUAUGGAGUCGUGGUAAAUAAAACGAAGACAAGGAAAACGAGGAAGGGACUACAGUAGAGAAGUGGGACACUACAUAGAAAUGUAAUUACACCACAUGCUCAAAAGUGAGCUUCUCAUAAAUUUAGACGAGGGAGGACUAGACUCCACAGGCUGGGGGGAUUGUUCAGCACGCUGCCCUUGUCAUUCCCCUAUCCCCUGCUUGGUAGCACUUGUGGGGUUGUAGUUGUCUGGCAGCAGAGCUGUAUUGGUGACCCCAUCCUUUUAGGUUCCCUCUCAGGUGUGGUGUGGAGCCGAUCCGACAGCACCAAGAGAAACCCACAACAACAGAGAGUGACUGGACCCCGAUCCCUCUAAACCCAUUAAGCCAAACUGACACUGACGGAGCGCUGUCGCCUAUGGAUUUGAAUGUGUGUGUGUGUGUGUCUGUGAGAGUGUGUGCAUGUGUGUGUGAGCGUGUGGGAUAAAGGCUGCCUGCCUCAGGUGCUGAGGACUGCUUUUAAAUCUGGACUAAAUCAUCAUUUCAGUUUAGAUCUCGUUGGACAAUAUUGAAGAACUGCAGGCUGUGCUUUCGCUGGAGGGGGUGGAAACAAAAACCCACAUACUUUUUUUUUUCUGGCAUAAUACAAUAUUGAAGACCAAUUGUAGAAUAGCAUCUAACUGGAAUUGCACAUCUGGAAAAGAAAGGAAUGAGAGCAUCAUGUUGCACUUAGUAAAGGGAUUAAAAAUGUCUACAAGAAAAAUAACAAAGAAUCAAAUGAACAUUCAGGUGGAGACCAGGCAGUUGCUAGAGGCAAGAUAAUCUGAGAGGUGAAUAUCAACAACUAACAUAUUUAUAGAUUAUGACAAGUGGAUUAUCUAGACGUUCCAGUGCUUUGCCCUUUCCCCCUCUUCAGCAUUGAUUAAUGCUUGGCAGGGCAAUUAUCAAAAUCUGUGUGUCCCUCUCCUAAAUGAAGACGUUUACAGAAAGGAGCUUGGAGCCUUGAGGAAUCUGCUUUUCCGCUGGCGCUGUUGGGAUUCCAAAUCUCUCUGGUUUACAGAUAACAUUUUUCCUAUUGUGGUGAGAUUUCUUUUAAAUGCCACGGGCCAGUUAAUUUCUGGGUGACACCUCCUAAACUGGAGGUGCUCCAGAUUUCAGAUCACAUCUGCUAUUGACAUUUGGCAGAAAAGGGCGGUAUUUUUGCAACGCUGCCAGAACUGUGUGUCUGAGUCUGGGACUGAAUCACUGGGGACUCAUUUGUGAGGAGCAGGUUGAGAUUCGAGGUUAGUUUGUUUCACUUACUUGCUCAUCCCCCUUCUUGAUGGCAAUUUAUUACUUCACACUGAGCCUCCUGUACCUGAGUGUCGUAAUAACUCUCAGCAAGGUAAUUGAAAGCUCUUAUUCUUUCAGGCAGCUGCUAUGAAUAUAGGCUAAUCCAUAAGCUCUCAACUCCUUUUCAAAUCUCUAGUGUAUGAAAUACCGAAAAGGCUAUUUUUCCAUGUCAAUUUUUUUUGGCCAGUAAGAAGCCUGCGUUUCUGAAGUUGGUGUUAAAUUGGCCUGAAACAGCUUUGAGACACUUCAGCAACUGAACAGAAGCAGCAUCCACAAGUAUCAAACAUGGCUGCCCAUUCUGUGCUCAUCUGCCUCGCCUUCAGCUUUCUGCUGGGCUUCACUUCACUGGGCCAGAACUCUAGGGAGGCUGGGGCCGAUGCCCAGGCCACCAACCAGACGGCAGCCACCUCUAAUUCUCUGGAGGCUACGCUGGCCACUCCGGUAGCGGAGGACCAGACCAUCCCAAUGAUAGGCAGCCGCUGCCGGGGCUACUACGACGUCAUGGGCCAAUGGGAUCCACCGUUCAACUGCAACGCGGGCGUCUACCUGUUCUGCUGCGGCUCCUGUUUUUACCGCUUCUGCUGCCAGUUUAAGGUGCACAGCCUGGAGCAGGAGUCCUGCUCCAACUAUGACACACCCGUCUGGGCCAACACCGGCAAGCCGGCAGCCCCCGUCACUGAGGUGCAGGAGGAGCCCGACCGAGACCGCACCCACAUGAUCGUCUACAUCAUCUGUGGCGUGGUGGCCAUCAUGGUGCUGGUGGGCAUCUUCACCAAGCUGGGCCUGGAGAAGAGCAGAGGAGGCCAGACAGACAUGACCAACUCUAGGGCCUUGACAGAGUUGUUGAAGCAGCCCGGAGAGGUGGGCGGAGUGGGCGGGGCCGGGGGUCACCACCCCAUAGGGACCAAUGGGAUCUCUGGCAGGUCACUGCGCAGCAACAACGAUCACAACCACCUGAAUAACGCUGCCCUCUCACCCCUGGGUCCAGCGAUGGCACUUUCCCACCCUCACAACAACCUUGGUCUGGGCUUUAACAAGUGCGCCUCCCUCAAGGCUGUGGGGGUUUGGCCACUGGAUAACAGAGCUCUUACUGUAUCUGAACAAAGGAGGACAUUGUUGAGGUCUCUGGGGGUACCAGCAGAUACGGCAGCAAGAGACUACUACAAGGGCUACCCGAUGGUGGACUACUCCCGCCACCACUCCUCGCCCCCCACCUUCCAGCCCAUCGCCUUUCACAAGGACAAGCCCUUCCUGCCCCCUCCAGACAUCCACGCCCCACUGGCCAUAACCAUCACCGCCGCCCAGCUCCCCAAGCCCAAGGUCUCCAAGACUAACACCCACCCGCUUACCUCCAGCUCAGCCUUCAAAGUCUGGGACCCUAGUAAGGGCCAUGUCCAGCAUCCAACGGCCUCCCACAUCGGGCAGGCACAGCAGCAGCAUCCGCAGCAUUCGCAGCAUCCUCAGCAUCAGCAGCAUCAGCAGCAUCAGCAGCAUCAGCAGCAUCCGCAACAUCAACAACAUCAACAACAUCAACAGCAGUUACAUCAACAGCCCAACAGCCGCCGGCAGGCCUACUCCAACAAGCGGCAGUUCAGCAUUGAGACACUCCCGGAACUCUUCUCCCAGCCCCUGGGCUAUGGACAGUCGCCCCACAUGCACCCCAAAAACAAAGGGCUGCCCACCAACAGCAAGACAGAGGUCACAGUCUGAGCAUGAACGUUUGGAGAGUAGGAAAGCAAGAAAAGAGUCUAUAGGACUGGGAGUAAGGCCUGGGAGCGAGAGCUUUUUGUAUGAAUCAAUGUCGUGUUGAUGGCUGGGGGGAUGAACAGGGACAGGCAAUCUUCUAUUGCUAUUUUAAUUGCAGGUUUUCUUUGUUAUUGAUAAUGAAACACCCAAAACGGAAGGUAACGAUCACAUGAAGUGACUCGCUCUCUCUAAACCUGGUUCCUUUAAAUUCCCUCUCUGUCCCAGCGUCCUCCCUGUUUUGUUUUGGUCAAUCUCCUCUUUUCUCCCACUGGCACCACUACUCUACAAAUCCCUACCCCCCCCACACACACUUACACACUCUCCUACUGUUUGCAGCCUGUCAGAGUGGUACACAUGGGUAAAGCACCUCCAGGACCCUGAACAACAGCAGUGACAAUGCCAUUGUCUUGUCAGCUCCCAUCACCCUCCAUCCAGAACAGAGUGAGAUACCAUUCUGGCAAAUCUGUACGAGCGAGCGAGAGAGAGAGAGAGAGAGAGAGAGAGAGAGAGAGAGAGAGAGAGAGAGAGAGAGAGAGAGAG